AGCCAGCGGCCCCGCGGAGGGGCAAGCGGGGCCAUGGCCGAGGCGGCCCAGCCCAGUGGAGAGUCCCAAGGCGCUGAAGUUAAAGCGCAGCAGCCCAAGGAAAAGGCCACAGCGGCAACAAUGAAGCGGGGCCCGCGCUCUGUGCUCAAGGUGUCCCAGCUGCUGCUCCGGGCCAUCACCCAGCACAAGGGGCUGACUCUGGCUGCUCUCAAGAAGGAGCUCGGAAACGCUGGCUACGAAGUGCGCAGGAAGGUUGGCCGCCACUCGGGAGAAGCCUCCAGUCCUGAGAUUAAGGGCACGCUCCUACGGGUCAGCGGCAGCGAUGCCGCCGGCUACUUCAGGGUCUGGAAGAUUCCGAAGCCCAAGAGAAAGAUGGGACGCUCUAGGGGGGAGGAGUACAGCCGUUCUUACAGGAGGAUCCCCGGGUCCCGAAACUCACGGAGGCGCCCGAGGCGGCGCAGGGCGGCCAAGAAAAACAGGGAUGUCUGGAGACCCAGGAGGGUAAACGCGAAAGCGAGAAGGGGGAGGCCAAAGACCAAGGAGCGGGUGCAUGCCAGGUCCAAGGAGGAAGCGGGGGCCAAGGGAAUGGACGAGGGGAGAGCACGGACCCUGAAGGAGGACCUCAGGCCCAGGUCACGAGAAGAGAAGAGGCCAAGCUCCAAGGUCAGGGUAGAGAAGCAGCAGGAAUCCGAGAAGCCGGGAAAGCGGACCAUCCAGAAGUCAAGCGCGGUUAAAAACGACCGUACUUACGCCGGGCAGGGGAAGGCAGGCAUAAAGACUGGAAGUAAAUCCGAAGGUCUUCGGAUUGUAGCUGGGAAUCCUUAA